CCCCCACAAGAUUCACCGUCGACGAGGAAAUGCAUUGUGGGACGUAUUAGUUCCUUAAAAAGUACGGGUCAAAAUGUUAUGAAGUAUUCUCUCUCAUAGAGACGCGCACUGUCCAUGGAUCCAGAGGCCACAUUUUUGUUGCGUAACGUUGGAGCUAUGGUCAAAAUUGGAAUUCGAUGAAUAUAAUGUCAACGACGACUCAGUGAGAGGCUCGAGUGAUCUUUCUCAAGGAUUUGGAACUCUUUACCACCACUGCACAUUAGGAUUCAGCAGUCACCAGUUCUCUCUUCCAGUUCUUAAAAGAUCUAAAGGCGUCAUUCCAUCCCGGUAGCAGAGGCCAUUCACCAUGAACACCAGUGAAGUUGAACUCAGUCGUCCUCUGCCUGUUCAGGUCUUUCUGACCGUUAGCCUGUCUAUAGUGAUGCUGGUGGCCAUCGGCGGCAACCUGAUGGUCUUCCUCGCCGUCUCGCGAAACACUUCCCUCCGCACUCAGGUCGCCAACACCUUCAUCGUCAAUCUGGCACUCACAGACUUUGGGUGUUCAGUUUUGGUAAUGCCAUUCUCGCUGGUAUCCAUGUGGCACAGUCAUUGGGUGUUCUCUUCCUUCUGGUGUGAUGCAGUGUGCUUCUUCAAUUACUGCUUCAUCAUCACCUCCAUGUCGACGCUCGCUCUUAUUUCAGUGGACCGCUACAUCUACGUAAUCUACCCUCUCCGCUAUGAUGUCAUCAUGUCCCGCGGUCGUGCCAUGGCGCUAGCCCUCUCCACCUGGGCGGUGGCCGUAGCCUUUGCCGUGCCCCCGUCGAGUCUCGACUGGGUGCAGUACGACAACUACGAAAUCAUCUGCGCCAUCGACUGGGAGACGGGCGACUUCGGCACGUCUGCGAUCGUGUACACAACCACUGCUUUCGUCAUCUGCUUCCUAACACCGGCCGCGGUGAUGGUCUACUCUUACUGGGGCGUUUUCAAGGUGGCCCGCAGGCACGCAGCCCGAGUCCUGCCUGUCAUACACAUGACAGAACAGGCCCGGCCGGCCACUGGUGUGCGGCGUGAGGAGUCGCCCUGGUCUGUGACAGCUGGAACCGAUACUCAACAAACGAACAGGGAUCGUCAGGAGUCGCGACACGGUAGCCUAGCAAGCAGCUCGAGCAGCGGCAGUCGCGAGAGGAAACAAGUCACGAAGGCAGUCAAGCCAAUUUUGACUAUGGUAGUCAUUUACGUCGUGUGUAACACGCCCUUCUCCCUCACCAAGUUGAUCAAGGUCGUCAUGGCAGGUAACCAGACCGUGCCGUCUUAUGUUAGUACGCUCGCCUCCUGGAUGGCUUUCCUGAACCCUGCCUGCAACCCCAUGAUUUACUCCAUCAUGAGGAAAGACUAUCAGAGGGUCUUCUGGGGGUUUCUACCGAAAAGCUUGCAGCGGUAUAGGAGGAGAGACUCAGAACAGGGCCCAACACGCAAGGCUACGGGUCUAGCCGUAGCCGUGUCGGGAACUCCAUGAACUCGCGUGCCCUUCACCUUGUCCUUCGAUUCAAGACCUGUAUUUGAUAUGACACAUAGCCACCGCCCAUAGGCAAAACAUCUUAAUAUAUGUAGGCUAGUGUUGCAAACAAAAAUUAUAUUUAAGCCCAAACCAUUAAGUAGCGCCUACACUUUAAUUAAAUGCCUGUGUAAAUUAUGCAUAAAAGUAGGAUUAUGUCGCCAUCAUGGUGGCAGGCUGUCGCGUUAUUUUGCAAUAGGCCUAUCUAAGGGUCUCAGUUCAGGAACUAACCAAUUCAAGUUCAUUCGGAAGCCAAGCGCAAAAAUUCAUGUAAUUUCUCGAAACGAAUUGUGGCAGAGCAAAGCGAAGGGAGAUUCUGGGUUUCAUCUAAAAUUAUUAUCCGUGAAGCGAACUCAGCUCACCGGGGUGUGCCACUGACAGGUUGUGGACCCAGGAACAAAAACAGUGCUCUCUGUACGUCUAUUACCAUGAAAAAUAUCAAUGGCAGCACCUCCUGUGCCGGCUGUGGACGCAAGUAUCGCACACGCUGGUCUGCAUACACACACACGAUUCUGUACCGCCUACCAAACCUAAGUCCUUGUCUUCUCACAUGCACUAGUCACCAUCGAAAACGAGGAACAGCCGAUGAUGAUGAUCAAUGGCGCCCUCUGUUGAGAUGGCUCAUUUUGGAUGUACGAAAAACGUUUUAAACAAAUUCUUUCGCACUCCUACAAGCAUGGCCGUAAAUCGGCAAGGGGGUGUAUCCCCCCCACUUUUUGAGGUGGGAGAUGGGCUGUUGAAUCAUCCCCCACUGUUUUGUGACGAGCAAAAUCAUUAAAGCGGAUUGUGAUGAAUUAUCAGGAUUUUUCAAUGACUAAACUGAUUGCAAUAUCACUAAAUUAGAAUUCAAUUUUAACCAUAGAUUAUCAGAUUCUGAUGGCAGAAUCUGCACAUUUGAUACACAUUACAAAUGUGCAGCUUUGUCACGACCAUCGUCCCCUAUAUAGCAUACAUGGUGCCCCCACGUCACUGCCCUUAAGUAUUUUGAUAAGAAUGAUUCUCGCGGAAAGUCAGUGUUGAAGUUGAGUAUUUUAUAGUCAAUUUCCAGGAUGUAUAAAAUUUGUGUUUUCUUGUGAAAAUUAUUGUCAAACAGCUGCACGCUGCGCAUACAUUACGAUGAUUAUACGAAACAAAUUUUUUUGUCUGCUUGACUGUAUAUAAAUACAUGUAUAGCUUUCUGAACAAAUGAUUGGUCCGUCACAACAAAGGCAACAGUGACAUUAACAGUUUCAGUUUGGCAUUUUAAAGAGAUUUUUCAAAAUUUAGUAACUUUUAAUUACGCACAGAAAGGGUGAUGGAGAACAGCCUAUGCCCGUAAUUUUGUUUAUGCAGGGUGUUAUGGAAAGAAAAGUACUUCACUUUCUAGUGUCAUAAAAAAAGUAUUUUUAAGAACUCUGGUUAAAAUGUGAUCUGUAAAUUCCUACUUUACCAUUCAGCAGAAUUCAGAUUUCAAAGAAAAUUCAUAUUGUUAUUUUGUUCAAACAGGAUUACAGAAGUCUUUGAAAUUGAAAAAGUAUAAACUCUACGUGCUGCCCAUCAUUCAGGAUCAUUCCGAACCUGUAAACAUUAACAACAGUAGAUUUAUGCAGCCACCCACCAAAUGGGUUCUAGCUAAUUACGUAGACUUUAUUAUGCACAAUCCAGAUUCAAAUUGAACAGCAAGCAUUACAUUUCUGUUUCUCGAGACAAACAUUUGUGCUUAAAAGGAUAAAGCUGAGGGAAUACUUUUAAAAGUCAGAGGCAACAGUUAACACCAAAAUACAUGUACAUAUACAUGUACUGUACAUCAACAACUCAUUAAAAAUUAAAGUGUCGACAAAACUGACUACAUCUCUGUUCAUUAUAGGAAGCUUUCUGGCUGUAUAAACAUAGAUAAAAACAUAAAAAAA